AUGGUCGAGGAAGAAUUGGGUCCCUCAAUUGGGGAUCGAAUCACGAAAAAUGGAAAAAUCGACGAAAGGGGGUCCGUUCGAUAUGUGGGACCGGUCGAGGGGCAAAAAGGAACAUGGGUUGGAAUCGAAUGGGACAAUACGAGUCGAGGCCGACACAACGGGACAAUCGAAGGGAAAACCUAUUUUCAAACUGAGCAUCCAACUGGUGGCUCUUUCAUCAAGGCAAAUGUGAUCGAUGGUGGACGGGAUUUACUUGAUCAGAUAAGAGAACGCUAUGAAAUCAAUGACAACGAAGAAAACGAGAAAAUGGGUGGUGUGACGAUAGAAAAGAUUGGGAUGAAUAAAGUUCACGAUAGGCAAAAAAACAUUUUCUAUCUCGGUGUCAUUUGUUUGGCCGGAAUGCGCGUCUCCAGUCCUCCACCCAAACUUACGCCACAUUUUAUCAAUUGCACCGAGUUAAAUCUGCACGGAAAUCUGUUACAUAGGUGGAAAGAUGUCUUCGAGAUUAUCAACUUUUUUCCGAAAUUGAAAGAACUGGCUUUGGGGAAUAACAUUAUGGAAAAUUUGGCCGAUGUUUCGUCGCUUUCAAAUUUUCCGAUUGUUACGGCUCCCGUGUUUCAUCUUGUGCUCAACUAUUGUAAAGUUACGGAGACAACGAUCUCAGCCGUUUUGUCAAGAUUUCCGAAUGUGACCGAUUUGUACGCGAGUGGAAAUCGUCUAACGACGUUUAAUCCGGGACAAAAUGGACAAAAACUGCGACUUGUUGAUCUGGAACUGAACCCGGUCAAAAGCCUCGAGGCCAUCGAUCCGGAGAAUUUCAUGGAGAAUUUGGAAAACUUGAGUCUACAGAGUUGUAAUGUUGUGACGAUUUUGGGACUAAACGGACGUUUUCGACGUCUAACAACGAUGAAUUUGAAAGGAAAUCCGAUCAAUGAGUGGGCAUCGAUUAAUAGCUUGGCCGAUUUGGAACGACUACAAACACUUUUUGUCACGUCAACACACUUUGAAGGAUUAAACGGACUCGAUGUUAGAGAGAUGGUUAUCGCCAAACUGUCGAAACUGACGAUGUUAAAUCGAGGAGACGUCAGCGCUAUUGAAAGGAGAUCGGCUGAAUUGCGAUUUAUCAGCAAAUGCAAUGGCUUGGAGGAGACUUUAAAAGCGCCACAUGAAAACGAUAUUAAGCGGCUGAUUCAGAUUCAUGGUGAACCGGUCGCUGAUAAUAACAAGGCGAAAAAGAUUAACGUUGUCAAAGUGAGCAUCUCGUAUCAGGGGAAGUCCCUUCUGCGGCCACUUCCCACAUCGUCGACGGUAUCAAAGGUGAUCGAGAUUGCGGCUCGUCUCUUCGCUCUCGAUCCGAAAGCGGUUACUUUAUGGAUUGAGCCAAAAGAAGGUGCGGCAAGUAAGCUUUCGAUUCCCGCUCGACAACUUUCAUUUUAUUCAGUGGAAACGGGAGACACAAUUCGGGUGGAAAUGCAA